ACCGUGAGUGUGUGUGUGGCUGCUGGAACAUUCGAAGGCCAACAUUGCAGUACUGAACAGGGAGCAGAGUACUGGGCCAGCAACUGACCCGAAUACUGCCGGUUUCACAGCUCUACCCCUACCACUCCACCACCACUUGGCACAUACCCUUCGUUCAGUAAAUACUGGUUAAAUGAAAAAUGUGAGAAGAAUGAAUGACGAGCGAGCCCACGGUUCAGUCCCAAGCGUAUGGCUUACCAGGUCCGCGAUGUGACAUUUGACUGUUGUCACCACUGGAGGGCGCCCCUCCACCCGACUACAUUGUGGGAUACACCUGAGGGCCCCCUCCUUAGAAAAAAGUUUUGGGAUUCCUCCAGAGGCCUUUCCUGGCCUUUUAUUGAAGAUUAGGAGCUUGAAAUCUCAAACCAUUGGGCUUACCCUUGUGCUGGCCUUUGACUUGUUACUUUUCACUUACCAUCAUCUGUCUCAGGUCAAGUUCGAGGGCACUGCAAAAAGUUCAUGGAAAAUGGAACUGGGUUCAUUUUGGUGCAGAAAAACUUUGCAAUGUGUGCAUUUUCCAUGAACUUUUUCAAGACUCCUCCUAUCCCCAGGAAAAUCUUACAUCAGGAUCCAUCACCUACCCUCGAUUUCUUGCCUUUGUAGCUGUGAUCACUGCAGUGUUUGAAGUCAUCUAGCUGUUUGUCCGUGUCCCCCACGAGCAGAUGAACAUCCUGAGAGCUGAGUUCGUGUCUGUUUAAAUCACUCCAGGGCUUCCCAAUAGAAAUACUUUAAAUCAGUACAGUAAUGAUGUGUCCUUGGUUCUGAGAACUACCCGGCUCAGGACUGGAUGUAUAAUGUGUGUUUGGAGACAGUUCUGGAGGAGAAAGCUGUGACAGAGAUUUGCUAAUUUAGGAGGAAUGAAGGGAUCUGGGAGUGGCAACCAGAAGGGGGCUUUAGGUGGGGGUGGUUUCCUUUUUCCAGCUCCUACAUUGUGCCCCUCCCCCUUUCCUAAUCCUCUAGGGUUUGAAGCCAACCCCCACCCCCUUGUAUACAGAUCAGAAAUCUUGGGGGUGGUGGCUUUGGAAAUCCCUGCUUCCCUCCCUGGGUCCUGGAGGGCUGAAGGAACCACAGUUAGUAAAUUUCCCUACCUUUGUUAUCAGCUGGGACCCUGAGACUCACCAAACCAAUAUUUAACAGAUGGAGAAACUGAGGCCCCAGAGAGAAAGCACAUUGCCAAAAGACACAAAGCCAGCCAGUGGAGAAUCAGGAUUGGAACCCAGGCUCCCAAUUUCCGCAGUGCCUCUCAGCACCACGUGUGGCUCCCCUGAUAGCCAGGAGCGCCCGAUUGACCGCCAGAGAUACGACGAGAACGAGGACUUGUCGGACGUGGAGGAGAUCGUCAGCGUCCGCGGCUUCAGCCUGGAGGAGAAGCUGCGCAGCCAGCUGUACCAGGGGGACUUCGUGCACGCCAUGGAGGGCAAAGAUUUCAACUAUGAGUACGUACAGAGAGAAGCUCUCAGGGUUCCCCUGGUAUUUCGAGAAAAGGAUGGACUGGGAAUUAAGAUGCCUGACCCCGAUUUCACAGUCCGGGAUGUGAAACUCCUGGUGGGGAGCCGGCGGCUGGUGGAUGUGAUGGACGUGAACACCCAGAAAGGCACGGAGAUGAGCAUGUCCCAGUUCGUGCGCUACUAUGAGACCCCCGAGGCCCAGCGGGACAAGCUGUACAACGUCAUCAGCCUCGAGUUCAGCCACACCAAGUUGGAGCACUUGGUCAAGCGUCCCACUGUGGUGGACCUGGUGGACUGGGUGGACAACAUGUGGCCCCAGCACCUGAAGGAGAAGCAGACGGAAGCCACGAACGCCAUCGCAGAGAUGAAGUACCCGAAAGUGAAGAAGUACUGUCUGAUGAGCGUCAAAGGUUGCUUCACUGACUUCCACAUCGACUUUGGAGGCACUUCCGUCUGGUACCAUGUCUUCCGGGGAGGGAAGAUCUUCUGGCUGAUCCCGCCGACCCUGCACAACUUGGCCCUGUACGAGGAGUGGGUGCUGUCGGGAAAGCAGAGCGACAUCUUUCUGGGGGACCGCGUGGAGCGAUGCCAAAGAAUUGAGCUGAAACAGGGAUACACGUUUUUCAUUCCCUCUGGUUGGAUCCAUGCCGUCUACACCCCCGUAGACUCCCUGGUGUUCGGCGGAAACAUCCUGCACAGCUUCAACGUGCCGAUGCAGCUGCGGAUCUACGAGAUUGAGGACAGGACCCGGGUGCAGCCUAAGUUCCGUUACCCCUUCUACUAUGAGAUGUGCUGGUAUGUCUUGGAGAGAUACGUGUAUUGUGUGACCCAGCGCUCCCACCUCACUCAGGAGUACCAGAGGGAAUCCAUGCUCAUUGAUGCCCCACGGAAGCCCAGCAUAGACGGCUUCUCAUCUGAUUCCUGGCUGGAGAUGGAGGAGGAGUCGUGCGAGCAGCAGCCCCAGGAGGAAGAGAAGGAGGAGGAGGAGGAGGAGGGCGAGGGUUCGGACAAGGCACCGAGGCCGCCCACCGAAGGCCCCGCCUCACCCACCAGCAACCCUUCUGAGGACCAGGAGGCCCCUGGGAAGAAGCCCAAGGCACCCGCCAUGCGGUUCCUCAAAAGGACUUUGUCUAACGAGUCGGAGGAGAGUGUCAAGUCCACAGCCAUGGCCACGGAUUACCCCAAGACGCCCACCGGCUCCCCCAGCACCGAGGUCUCUGCCAAGUGGACCCACCUCACCGAGUUCGAGCUGAAGGGCCUGAAAGCUCUCGUGGAGAAACUGGAGUCCCUCCCAGAGAACAAGAAGUGCGUCCCCGAGGGCAUCGAGGACCCCCAGGCACUUCUGGAGGGUGUGAAGAAUGUCCUGAAGGAGCACGCGGAUGACGACCCCAGUCUGGCCAUCACUGGAGUCCCCGUGGUCACUUGGCCAAAGAAGACUCCGAAGAACCGGGCAGUGGGUCGGCCCAAGGGCAAGCUGGGCCCGGCCUCCGCGGUGAAGUUGGCCGCCAACCGGACGACUGCAGGAGCUCGCCGGCGCCGGACGCGAUGCCGCAAGUGCGAGGCCUGCCUGCGGACCGAGUGUGGAGAGUGUCACUUCUGCAAGGACAUGAAGAAGUUCGGGGGCCCCGGGCGGAUGAAGCAGAGCUGCAUCAUGCGGCAGUGCAUAGCGCCAGUGCUGCCCCAUACCGCUGUGUGCCUUGUAUGUGGCGAGGCGGGGAAGGAGGACACGGUGGAGGAGGAAGAAGGCAAGUUCAACCUCAUGCUCAUGGAGUGCUCCAUUUGCAACGAGAUCAUCCACCCUGGAUGCCUUAAGAUUAAGGAGUCAGAGGGUGUGGUCAACGACGAGCUUCCCAACUGCUGGGAGUGUCCGAAGUGUAACCACGCCGGCAAGACCGGGAAACAAAAGCGUGGCCCUGGCUUUAAGUACGCAUCCAACCUGCCCGGCUCCCUGCUCAAGGAGCAGAAGAUGAACCGGGACAACAAGGAAGGGCAGGAGCCUGCCAAGCGGAGGAGUGAAUGUGAGGAGGCGCCCCGGCGCAGGUCGGACGAGCACCCCAAGAAGGUGCCCCCAGACGGUAUCCUGCGCCGGAAGUCGGACGACGUGCACCUGAGGAGGAAGCGGAAGUAUGAGAAGCCCCAGGAGCUGAGUGCGCGAAAGCGAGCCUCGACGCUUCAGACGUCGCCCGGUUCCUCCUCUCACCUCUCGCCGAGGCCCCCUCUCGGCAGCAGCCUCAGCCCUUGGUGGAGAUCCAGUCUCACUUACUUCCAGCAGCAGCUAAAACCUGGCAAAGAAGAUAAGCUUUUCAGGAAAAAGCGGAGGUCCUGGAAGAACACGGAGGACCGGAUGGCUAGCAAGCCCCUGCGGCGCUUCAAGCAGGAACCAGAGGACGAUCUGCCCGAGGCGCCCCCUAAGACCAGGGAGAGUGACCACUCGCGCUCCAGCUCCCCCACGGCCGGGCCCAGCACGGAGGCGGCCGAGGGCCCAGAGGAGAAGAAGAAGGUGAAGAUGCGCCGGAAACGGCGGCUCCCCAACAAGGAGCUGAGCAAGGAGCUGAGCAAGGAGCUGAACCACGAGAUCCAGAAGACGGAGAGCAGCCUGGCCCACGAGAACCACCAGCCCAUCAAGUCGGAGCCGGAGAGCGAGCACGAGGAGCCCAAGCGGCCCCUGGGUCUCUGCGAGCGCCCCCACCGCUUCAGCAAAGGGCUCAAUGGCGCCCCCCGGGAGCUGCGGCACCCGCUGGGGUCUGGCCUGCGCAGCCCGCCCCGCGUCAUCUCCCGGCCCCCACCCUCAGUGUCCCCGCCCAAGUGCAUCCAGAUGGAGCGCCACGUGAUCCGGCCGCCCCCCAUCAGCCCCCCGCCCGACUCACUGCCCCUGGAUGAUGGGGCGGCCCAUGUCAUGCACAGGGAGGUGUGGAUGGCCGUCUUCAGCUACCUCAGCCACCAAGACUUAUGUGUGUGCAUGCGGGUCUGCAGGACCUGGAACCGCUGGUGCUGCGAUAAGCGGUUGUGGACCCGCAUUGACCUGAACCACUGCAAGUCCAUCACGCCCCUGAUGCUGAGUGGCAUCAUCCGGCGACAGCCCGUCUCCCUCGACCUCAGCUGGACCAAUAUCUCCAAGAAGCAGCUAAGCUGGCUCAUCAACCGGUUGCCUGGGCUCCGAGACUUGGUGCUGUCAGGCUGCUCGUGGGUCGCGGUCUCAGCCCUCUGUAGUUCCAGUUGUCCACUGCUCCGGACCCUGGAUGUCCAGUGGGUAGAAGGACUAAAGGAUGCCCAGAUGCGGGAUCUCCUGUCCCCACCCACAGAUAACAGGCCAGGUCAGAUGGACAAUCGGAGCAAGCUCCGGAACAUCGUGGAGCUGCGCCUGGCAGGCCUGGACAUUACAGACGCAUCCUUGCGGCUUAUCAUCCGCCACAUGCCCCUGCUCUCCAAGCUGCACCUCAGUUACUGUAAUCACGUCACUGACCAGUCUAUCAACCUGCUCACUGCUGUCGGCACCACCACCCGAGACUCCUUAACCGAGAUCAACUUGUCAGACUGCAAUAAGGUCACUGACCAGUGCCUCUCCUUCUUCAAACGCUGCGGGAAUAUCUGCCACAUCGACCUGAGGUACUGCAAGCAAGUCACCAAGGAGGGCUGCGAGCAGUUCAUAGCCGAGAUGUCGGUCAGUGUCCAGUUUGGGCAAGUGGAAGAGAAACUCCUACAGAAACUGAGCUAGUCCAAGGACAAGUAUGUAAAUAUGGGCGGGCGGGGGGAGGACAUGCAGUGCGGGCGGGGAAAGACUUCACACAGACGAGGGCUUUUAUUUCCAUUUGGAACCUGGAACCACAGGUGAUUCCAUUUUGCAAGUCUUGCCAAGGGAGAAGCCGUUGAUCCGCUCGGGUCUGGGGGACGCGUGAGCUGGACGCUUUCCUCUGGGCUUUCAGAAUCGGAGCUGCACUGCUUUCCGGACCAUUUCUGAGGUGGCCUUUAAAGACAUUCCCGUCAGACGAGGAUGGACUUCGGGGAAGUUCUGGUUGGUCCGUGUUUAGGACGCCUCUGAGGUUCCUGGUGUCAGCACAGUGGACCACACACGCCAUCUGCUGCCGUCUAGACACAUUUUGUUUGUUUUGAUUUUGUUACAUCUUACAUUAUGCAGAACUAUUUUUGUACAAAUUGUUUAAAAGUUAUUUAUGCAAGGUCUGAAUGCAUACCAGUGUUUUUAUUGUUUGAGAUGACCAGUUUUCCCCAUUUCCUCAAGGUAGGAGAGAACUUGAUAUAUACUCAACACAACGAUCCAUCUGCAAAUGUCCCCAGAUCCGGCAAAGUGGGCUGAAACCUUCCACUUAAAAGCAUGUUUAACUGGAACAGAGAGCCUGCUUUGUGCGUUAGGAAGUUACCCAAGCAUGUUGUGGAUUAAUGUAAAUUAUAGUCAAAGUAAGACACUCUGCCAAGUUUUUCCUCUGUAAAAAGCUCACCUUUUUCUCAAGAAUUUAAAAACUCAGCCUUCAGCCUGUGCACUCAGGAGGGUUUUGCUCCAGCAUGAGCUCUAAUUUAUGCAGCGACUAAAGAAGUAGAACAAACACUCCAUGUCACCUUCGCCCCGUUCUCGCCCCCUGCAGGGGGAGCGGAGUUCUUGUUUAGGUCUGUGCCCCGGCUCCUCCUAGCUGUGAAGUUCUGCAUUCCUAAGUGCCAUUGUCGUGAGGUGGUGUUUCCCAGACCUUCCCUGGCGCGGUUUUACCUUUGUUGAAUUUGUAUAAACAAUUGUACAAAAACGA